GCAACAUGUAUAACGGUCCAGAUCUGCCAGAGGCGAACCUCGAUCAUCAACACAGCAUUGAGCGAAUCUUGACCCAGGACGAAUCAUGCUGCCAACAACGCGCAUGAUACUACCCCAGGACACACCAACCCAGCUGUGGUAGACGCGACACCACAGUCGCAGGAUAGACAGUGAGGUGUUCUGUUUCUUGGAACAGUCGAAGCUGAUCUUGUUCAGGGAACAGCUCAUAGAUGUACGCGUCUUGGGUUUCAAUGUGGCCCAGAAUAUGGACCUACUCGCUUCGGGCCUGAUCGAAACCUCCAGGAGGCGGACUAGCCAUCGUCAGCCUCCAUCCGCGAGUGCAUGAGACGAACGCUGCAGCGUGGGGUCCUCUACCCAUCCCCCUUCUCCUCGACCACAGUCCCUGGCUGGUCACUCGCUGUCGUGCUCUGCGAGCUCUUUGCUUUCCUCGUCUCUUGUCCUGCGCCAGUCGCAUCUGCUUUCAACCAUCGCUGCCUGUCCUUGCUCUAACUACUGCUCUCUUCGCGUCUUCUGGAAAGAUGCAUUCUUCCCCACAUGCGGCGCACCAUCCUCCCUCUGGACGCCAUUUCUCUCCGCGCUCCUCACCCGCGCUCUUCUGGGACAGCCUAUACAUGGGCAACCCAAGCAGCAUAUAUGUGGAUCCUGAUGGCCAGGUGGUCACAUCUAGCGGUCCUGCUCCUCCAGCUUCACCCAACGCCGCUCCUCCCAACGCCGCUCCUCCCAACGCCGCUCCUCCCAACGCCGCUCCUCCCAACGCCGCUCCUAAUCCAUUUGCUGCCGUGGAUACUGCUACACAAGGCUCUAGCAGCGCGGUGCCUACCGAUGCCUCGAAGAACGUGCAGACUUCCUCGGGGGUACAGACUUCCCCAGUAGCAGCCACUACUGCUACUACCACGGAUGGCAUAUCUGCUACCCAGUCCUCUGCUACAGAUUCUAUGUCCCCCACGUCCCAAACGUCGGAUGUCAGUACGAUAGCCACCACCAGCGACGUUUCGACUCCGGCAUCUGUAGCAUCAACAACAUCUGUAACAUCUGUGGGAUCGACGACAUCUGUAGCAUCAACGAUGUCCUCAGCAUCGGCGACAAGCUCUGUUACCUCAGCACCAACCGCACCCUCAUCAAGCACUGCGUCAUCAUCGCCUUCAAACGAGUCCUCCAUAGGCGCGAGCCCCACCUCGCGAGUCAACUCCGCCUCCUCGUCAGAGACUGCCUCCCACCGCACGUCCGCCUACAUCGGCCUCGCCCUCGCCGCGAUCGCCGGGCUCGGGCUCGUCGUCGCCAUCCUCGCCUGGUGGCUACGCAUCCGCUCGCGCACGCGCCGCCGCAAGCUCAACACGACCACCGCCUGGCCGUGGGAUCACGACCGCCUCGGCGGCCCGCGCCAGAUGUCCCUCGAGGGCGGGCUCGGCAUCCACGGCUACCACGCGCACUCGCCCUCGCUCUUUGGAGGGGAGGGCGGGCCCGGGUUCCCCACUGGGCAUAUUCCGCACGAUCUGUCGCGCUUCCCGAGCCCGUUGCCCCCGCCUGCUGCGCACACGGCGCAGAUGGGAAGCCCGUAUGUGACGAUCCCGCUGCACGGCGCGCACCAGAGCGUGCCGGACCUUGCGCCGGACCUGGGGACUCUGCAGAUUACGAACCUCGUGCCGGGCGACCUCGCGCACGGAAGCGACUCCGGCCACCAGACCAGUGCCGCGCUCGGGGUGCAGCACACGUACUCGGCGGAGUAUGGCACGCCGUUCCUCCCGCACCGCCCGUGCUUCCUUGGAGUUGAGAACGGCGGGCUCGAGGUGCCCUGGGGGCCCCUGCGCGUGCGCCGCUCGGGCACCCGCGCCUCGGAGACUGCAUCCCAGUCACAUUCGGAGAAGCUGGAGCUGCCGCUGCCGUACCCGGGCGACAUCGCGAGCGCAGCGGACACAUGUCCUCCUGCGUCCGACGCGCGCCAGGGCAGCUGGGCGGUGUCCAUCAGGUCGAACAUCCUCCACGCAUUCAAUGCCGUCGUCGGCGCGAGGCCCUCCCAGGUGGCGGGCGACUGCUUCACGCCGGCACCGCAACGGCACAACCACCGCGGGUGGGGACGGACCUCCAGCUCUCCAUCGCGCGCGCUACCGGGCUUCAGUAGGACGUCUACCGACAAUGCGAGCAUCGCUCCUUAUGUCUGGACGCUUCAAGAUGCUGAGAACGGCGCUAGGAGCGUCGCUGUACCUGCGCAGGAUCCGUUUGCAGACAACGCGCAGAUCCCGCCCGUGUCACUUCCGGUGCCGCGCGAUCAUACAUCAGGGCUACUGUGUCCUUCUCAUCCGGACGAAUCCCUCACCAGGGCAAGCAGCAUGUACUCUACCGCCUCCGCAGACCCCUCCAUCCUGCGCAUCGGCGACGAGCCCCCACAGCUGCCCAGCAUCAACUCGCUCUCCGGAUCAAGCACUGACGUCCAGAUACCACCCGUCUCCGGCCGUACACCACAACCGCGCAAGAAGACGCGCCGGCAGCGCCGCCCGACGCUGCUCGCGCGCCAGUCGUCCUCGCAGCACUCCACGUCAUCGGCGGGCUCGGGCAUGUCGCGCACGUCGAGCGCGUGCUCGGAGCUCACGGACGGCGAGCGCUUCGCGAAGGAUGCGCUGCGCGCACGUCGGCGGCGCGUUAUGGAGAUGUCUGUGGGGCGCGUCAAGACGCGGCGCGCGCGGGGCAUGACGCGGUCCGGGAAGCACGGCAAGGCGUGA